AUAUAUACACGUGUUUGUGUGUUUGUGUGUGUGCCGCUGUCUGCGUCUUCGGGUGUGAAGGCAGGCACUGGCAGAGCUACAUUUGUGCAGAUGGAUUUCAUUGUUAGAAGGGAUGAUGAUGCACUGAAGUUGGAAAGAAUUUCUAGCUGCAACUUUGGCACCAGCUGUCUAUCUGCUCAUGCUGAUAAGGAACAAUUCCAAGGAAAUCAGAAGCUGGAGGAGCUGCACAUAGCUGUGGAGGGAAGUGGAGCUCUGAGUGUUGUGGUCCAGGGACCCAGUGGGUGUGGCAAGACAAGCUUGUUGAGAGACUAUUUGUCUCUGCGUGGUAGGACGGUCGGUGACUCGGUCAUGGUGGUCCAUCUUGGCGAGCAAAUUGAUAGCAAGGUUCUUCUUGGGACGUUUACUUGUACAGCCGUUCCUGGAGAGUUUGUAUGGAUGCCUGGAUUACUAACUAAGUGUGUGUUAAAUGGACAUUGGAUUGUUUUGGAAGAUAUUGACUUUGCUCCUCCCGAUGUCAUUUCACUGCUACUUCCUCUUGUGAAGACCGGGAGGCUAAAUCUACCUGGGUACUAUGAAGCUGUGGUUGCAGCUAGGGACUUCAAGCUGUUUUUAACGCAACGCACUACUAGUACUGGAUGUCCGGAGGCAGGGCACAUGGUUGCAGGUCUUUUGAAAGUUUUGGAAGACCACAGUGUAACAUUGACACUCCCUCCUCACACCACUGAUGACAUCGAGAAAGUGAUUAGCUCUGAGUAUCCCGACUUGGAAACCUUUACCAAGCAGUUAGCACUCACAGUUGUUGAGCAAGGUGUAUCAUUACGACAUGUCUUGAAGUUGUGUAACAGGAUAGUGCCUCAAGUUGCACAUGGCCGACUCACCUCAGUACCAGACAUGAUGCUCGAUUUGUUGGAUUGUUUCUGUGGUCAUCUUUCUGGUGAGAAGAAGCUUUCAAAGGCUCUGAAACUGAGUCACCUCUGUGGAGGGCUAAGCCAAAACAUGGUUGAACAGCUGUGCUUCAGUCACAUGCCCUCUCUUCAAUCAUCCCCCAGUACUUUCAGUGUUGGACGAUCCUACAUAGGCCGAUCAUGCUCGUCACAGUCAAAAGUGUGCUACUCACACACCCAGUCAUCUCUGAGCCUCCUUGAGGCUGUGAGCAGGUGUGUACAGAUGGCUGAACCUGUUCUUCUAGUUGGAGAGACUGGAGUUGGGAAGACAGCUACUGUCAGCUAUCUUGCUAGUGUCACAGGAUAUAAACUGGUGGUAAUGAAUCUGAGCCAACAGACAGAUAGCAUUGAUCUUCUUGGAGGCUACAAACCAGUUCAAAUGGUCCACAUUGUGGCUCCAUUGAAGGAGGAGUUUGAAGAACUUUUUCGUGCUACGUUUUCUCUGAAACAAAAUGGACAUUUCUUAGCUAGUGUUCAGACCUGUGUGACUAAAAAACAGUGGAUAAAGCUUCUUAAGCUCAUGGUGCAUUCUGUUGAGUCGGCACACAAAAGAACAAAAAGAUCAGACAAGAAUUUGUAUGCUAAGUGGGGGAAGUUAGGACUGAAACUGAAGAAAUUGCGACAGCAACUUCUCAAAUCACAGACAUUUGCUUUCACCUUUGAUGAAGGUGCUCUUGUGGAAGCAGUGAAGGAGGGGUGGUGGAUUCUCCUAGAUGAGGUCAACUUAGCAUCUGCAGAGUCAUUGCAGUGUCUGUCUGCGAUUUUGGAGGCACACAGCAAUUCUUUGCUCUUCAUGGAGAAACCGGACUCAGAGCCAGUGACGCGUCACCCUGACUUCAGGCUAUUUUGCUGUAUGAACCCUUCAACUGAUGUUGGAAAGAAAUCACUACCUGAGAAUAUAAGAAAUAGAUUUACUGAGCUCUAUGUUGAGGAACCAACUAGUACAGCAGAUCUCAGUGUGAUGAUCCAGGACUAUCUGAAGAAUGACUGUCCUUCAAACCCCCUUGUUGAGGGAAUUGUCAGACUCUAUAGAUCCCUAAAGGAACUGUCAAAGACUAAGCUUUUGGGAGGCACAGGAAGAUCCCCACAUUACAGCCUUCGAAAUUUAUGCCGGGCACUGGAGUAUGCGUCUAACCACAGGUGUGGGUCUUUCCACCGAUCCCUCUAUGAG